AUGCCGCGGCACCACCAGGGCAUUGUCUUCCCAUUAAAUACUCACAGUAAACUGACGUACAACACCAAAGCCAAGUUAUUACGUAAACAAAACUUCCUCGUGCUUCUGGUGUCUGGGAGCAUGUCACUUACUGCAUUCUACCCAAGUCCCUCCGGCCCCAAAUGUCCCUUACACGUACUGAACAGUUCACCGCCCUCGGAGAAGAGCCGGGCCCGGUGUGUGUGCGCGGAUGUGUGGCGAACCGGGCUGCAGCCCAACGUGGAUAGCGUCUCCGAAGUCGGUUCGCCUGCCAGCCUACGAGUAUUCCGGAGGCAAAAGCCACCAAAACGGAUACCUGCAGCGUCCUCUCUGACACAUCCGCCAUCGCAGCCGCAGGAUUUGCAACCCGGCCUACCGUACGGCGGCGGGGUCAAAAGGCGCGGCGCGUUCGCGGGCGGGCGCGCCCUCCUGGCCACAGACUCUGACUGCCCGCCCCUGGAGCCUCCAGGUCCCCGCCUUGCGGGAUUCGCUUCCCCGCCCCCGACUCUGGCGGGCAGCCUAGAGGCUGGGCGAGGCUGGGGCCAGGGCGCGCGAGUCCGCAGACCCAAGCUGACGGUCCUCCGCCCUCCGGGCUGCUGCAGGCGGUCCCCUCCGUCGUCACGUGAAGGGCAGAGCAGAGCCCCACUGACUCCUGGGCUCCGCGGGUCGAGGGCAGAGUCCGCCGCGGCAACCCCAGACAGUCAACGCAUCCACCCCGGCGCGCUGCAGCCGCGAUGCCCGGGGCCCGUCGAGCUGCGGGGGUAUGCGGUCAGGGCCCGCAGCCCCCAGAAGAGCUGUGCACACAGGAGGCUGGCGAUCGGCUGCGGACGGCAACGCCUCCCGGCGCUCGGCGCCUUCCGGGGAUGCCUGGUAGAAAAUGAACCCGCUAACCACCAUCUCCGGCUGCUGGGCCCCUGCCGGGACUCCCAGCACUCUCCGGCUGUUAGCGGCGAGAGGCGCGCUCAGCCUGCUGCCGCGCAGUGGGUUCGCGACCCCGGGAGGCAGUCGCGCUGGUCCCCUCGCGCCAAGUCAGCAGGAAAACAACCGCCCCCAGCGGGUCCCCUGCAGGAAAAGUUCCGGGAUGAAGGCCGCAGGAAGUGGGGUUUGAGUGUGCUGAUGCAGCCUUGGCUCUUCCGACGCCUGCGGAAGAAAGACCUACUCCUGGCAGCUGCCUAUGUUUCUGAUGCCCAGUACAGCCGAAAUGUGCCAUUUGAAACAUCACCUCAGACCAUCAGACUUUACUAUUUUUAUAACCACUGGACAAUGCGCAUGGCCACAAACAUCUUUAUUUUUGUAGACCUUUCUCUUGCCCUGUUUGAGGAACCUGCAUUGUUUCCACUACCUUUCUUGGCCACCUCCAUAGUAGAAGUCCUCUGUCUGACUGCAUUCUUUGGGAGACUUGUACAUUUUGCAAAAGUGACUCCUCAAACGGUUUUCUGGAAGGAUACAAAAAACAUCUGCAUCAUGGUGACUAUCGUGCUGACCUUGAUUGAUCUGAUUGUCUAUGGAUCCCUGGAAGCUGUUAGCAUUCACAGUGUUAGAUGGUCGAGGGCCUUAAGGCCAGUCUUCCUAAUUAACUUCCCUGAAAGUCGGCAGAUCCGAAGAGCUUUCCGGAGCAUCCGGAAUACUCUGCCGGAUAUCCUCUAUGUCUUCCUCUUAUUUAUAUUCAAUAUGCUGAUCUUCUCCCUCAUGGCCUUGAAGCUCUUUGGGAAUAGGGGUCUUAAGACAGUGGAAGGAUCACCAUACUUUACAAACAUCCUGGAGAUAGCUUUUGAGCUCUACGUGCUGGUGACUACUGCAAACAGCCCUGACGUCAUGAUGCCUGCCUAUAACUUCAAUUGGUGGUAUUCUCUGUACUUUAUAACAUACAUCAUCAUCAAUACCUACAUCUUCAUGUCCGUCUUCCUGGCCGUCGUGUACAACAAUUAUAGGAAGCACUUAAAGAAUGAGAUCCGCAAGCUGGUUUACCUGAAACGUUAUAAGAUGAUAGAGGCUUUCAACAUCUUGAAAGUCGAGGUGGGCACAGAGUUUGUGGUCAAGGAGGCUGAGUGGAAGCAGCUGGCAAAGGUCGUGGUGCCAGACAUCAGCAGUUCCCACCUGGAGCUCCUGUUGAGGAUCUCUGAUGAGGAACAGAAGGGGCACGUGGAUAAAACAAACUUUCUACGCUUGGCUGACCUCCUCAACAUCCAAGUGAUCACCAUCAGCAUCGAGAGACAUCCCCUGGAAGCCUGGAUGCCACGAGUGUACAAGUCUUCAGUGAGCCUCUUCAUCCAGAAGAUGGUUCGGCAUAGGAUUUUUGUCUGGACUUAUGAUGUCAUCAUUCUACUAAAUGCCAUAUUCAUUGCUCUGGAUGAGAAAAACCCCUUCAUUUCCUAUGCAGAAUGGCUUUUCCUUUCUCUAUAUAUUAUUGAGAUUCUCCUGAAACUGUACACGUAUGAGCCCAGAGCCUAUUUUGGAAGGAAGCAGUUCUGGAACUGGUUUGAUACGCUGAUCAUCAUUGCAGCCCUGGUGGCCACUGUGGCCAAUGCCACCAUCCAGUCAGCAAGAAAAUACAACAGUCAGCAGAUAUUGGAUAUUGUCUUGGUGCUGAGAAUACUCCGGCUCUUACGGGUCAUCAUCAGCAUUCAGAGAUUCCGGGUCAUAGUGACCACCUUAAUUAACAUUGGCCCCACGAUGCUGACAUUUGGUGGACUUGUCUUGGUGGUCUACUAUACAUUUGCUAUCAUUGGGAUGGAAGUAUUUCAUGGCAAAGUCCAGUUCUUUGACCCAAAUUUCACCACUUCUGAUGCUCUGGUGUGUGGGAAUCCAGCCUUAAAAGACACGGCCUUUGCCCGAGACAGAUACUGCAAGAACAACUUCAAUGACCUCGCCUCUUCAUUCAUCGUGCUGAUGGAACUCACUGUGGUUAACCAGUGGCACAUCAUUGCAGAUGGCUUUGCCCUGGUCACUCAUGAGGCGGCAAAGCUGUACUUCAUUGUGUUCCACAUUGUGGUCGUCAUCCUCAUCGUUAACAUCUUUAUAGCUUUCAUCCUGGAGGCAUUUUUUGUGGCAUAUUCACUAGAGAAAAGUGAAGUAGAAAACGCAAUUGAGAAGAAGAUUCAAGAGCUUGGAGUGGGAAUCAAAGAGGAAGAAGUGCAAGCUGGGGGACUCAUUGACAACAUGGACACUGAGGACAGUGGCUUUGAUGGGGAUAAUGGAGACAGAAAAAAGAAGGCCUUGAAAGGGUCGUACUUCAAAAUUGCCUCAAAAAAGUACAGGACUGUGGAUGCCUUGCUGCAGCAGAUGUUCGAGUCUGAGAUUGCCCCCGAGGAUGAAGGCCCUUCCUUGAAUGAUAUUCUGAACUUCUCCCCGAGUGACAUAUAUCCAAAGAAUCCCAGUUUUGAAAACAGUGCAUGA